CCCAUGACAUCGUCAUCAACUCGUAGAACGUUUCAAAGGGAACAGCCAACAGGAUCAUCAAGAGAAGAAAGCGAUAUGUCCAUUGAGUGAACCCAGUGGUUGUGAAGCAUUUCAUAUUCUGAGGGUUCUUGUUUUCGCAUGUGCUACCUUUCUUAUUGAGUUAGAGUGAAAGCAUCCCGUCCAACUCAACUUCGUGCAUACGAGAAGAAAAAACGACUGCAACGGUAUUCUACAGGUUAGUCGUAAAUUGGUUCACUGUGAACUUGCGUUCCUCCGAUAAAACGGCACAGUAAUAUAUUGCACAGAUAACCAGCACAAACAUGUCCAGUGGAAUGGUAUUCGCUACUUGCUACGCCAUUGCAUCUGUUGCACUACACCUCGUCACUACCUCCUAUCCAUUUUUUCAAGAGUACAUGGGCAUGGGCAGGUUCCUGUACCUGGAGAUAAACAACAUUGUCAGGCUGUCCAUGCAAAUUUGCCUGGCUUUUGCAGUGGUCAGGAUGCUGAAAGUGCCCUUACAGAUUUACAUCACAUUGCUCAACGUAUGGCUAGUUUACAGCCUUUUCUACGGCAUUCUAGCAGUAGCCAUGAUGCACUUUGCCAAAUACAAUAUAUUAAGCUUCAAACACGCAGACAAUGCAACAGGAACCGUUAUAAAGCCCAAGCGUAGGCAACCGGGAGUCCUCUAUCCCUCUAUUCUCAAGGAACUCGUCAUGGCUAUUGCAGCAGAAAAUAGUUACAUCACCUACGAAUUCGAAGACAAGCCAGAUGUGCCCAAUGCGAAGAUCUUCUCAAUGGAGGUCGCGAUUAUGACUUUUGCUGAUGCCUUGUUUACGGUGUUUUUACUUUCGAUACUUGGAAAAGUGUACGAGACCUUCCCAGAGCCUUUCCGGAAAGUACCUUUUUCGACGCACGAAACGUUACAGCCACUUCCUCCGGGCGUUCGACCUGGUACCGUCGAACCGAUGUACCCCGUGCUGCCUCCGUACGAGGUUGAACCUCAGACCCGAACGGAUCUUCAGUUCGGCAUGGAGCCUCCAACCGGCAUGGAGCCUCCAACCGGCGUGGAAACCCAAAUACCAGUGGAAAGCCAGGCUUACGGACAACCUCAGACAGUGUUCAGGCCUCAACAGUUUUAGGUUGAUCCUUGUACAUCCUUGCUAUCCUUGAUGAUAGCAACUGCGUUACAGCAGCCUUUCUCUCUUUUUUUUAAGGAAAAUUAUAAAACAACUGCAUAUCAAGAUACAUAAAACUGUGUCUACGUUAAUAUUCAAACGGUAUUUCGUACACUCUUAAAAAAG